UGGCCACGGGGAUGGCCGGGGGUCUGGCAGGAAUGGGAGGCAUCCAGAACAAGAAGGAGACCAUGCAAAGCCUGAACGACCGCCUGGCCUCCUACCUGGGCAGAGUGAGGAGCCUGGAGACUGAGAACCAGAAGCUGGAGAGCAAAAUCCGGGAGCAUCUGGAGAAGAAGGGAUCCCAGGUCAGAGACUGGAGCCAUUACUUCAAGACCAUCGAGGACCUGAGGGCUCAGAUCUCUGCAAAUACUGUGGACAAUGCCCGCACCGUUCUGCAGAUCGACAGUGCCCGUCUUGCUGCUGAUGACUUUAGAGUCAAGUAUGAGACAGAGCUGGCCAUGUGCCAGUCUGUGGAGAACAACAUCCAUGGACUUUGCAAGGUCAUUGAUGACACCAAUGUCACUCGGCUGCAGCUGGAGACAGAGAUCGAGGCCCUCAAGGAGGAGCUGCUCUUCAUGAAGAAGAACCACGAAGACGAAGUAAAAGACCUACAAGCCCAGAUUGCCAGCUCUGAGUUGACCGUGGAGGUAGAGGCCCCAAAUCUCAGGACCUCGCCAAAAUCAUGGCAGACAUCCGGGCCCAAUAUGACGAGCUGGCUUGGAAGAAACGAGAGGAGCUGGACAGUACUGGUCUCAGCAGAUUGA